AUGGACAAAUACAAUCUAACGGUGCUGAAUGAAUUUAUUCUACUGGGGAUCACAGAUCGCCCUGACCUGAAGGCUCCAUUAUUUGGGAUCCUCCUCAUUGUUUACAUGGUCUCUGUAGUGGGUAACUUGGGCUUGAUCAUCCUCACCAAGGUUGACUCUAGGCUACAUACACCCAUGUACUUUUUCCUCAGACAUUUGUCUUUCACUGAUCUUGGAUAUUCAACAGCAAUUGGACCCAAACUGCUAGUGAAUUUUAUUGUAGAUCAACCUACAAUCUCAUAUAAUUGGUGUGUUAUGCAACUCUCUGUCUUCAGUAUUUUCAUAAGUAGUGAGAUUUUCAUUCUGUCAGCAAUGGCCUAUGACCGCUAUGUGGCCAUCUGUAACCCUCUGCUUUACACAGUCAUCAUGUCACCAAAAGUAUGCCAGGUGCUGGUGGUCAUACCUUAUCUCUACAGUCUCUUUUUGUCUUUGCUGACAAUCAUAAAAAUUUUCGUUGCAUCGUUUUGUGGCCAUGUUAUCAGGCAUUUCUACUGUGGUAGUUUGCCCUUGAUUUCUUUGAUCUGCUCAAACACACAUGAAAUUAAAUUAAUAAUACUGAUCUUUUCGGCUUUUAAUUUGGUUUUAUCCCUUCUAAUAGUCCUUGUGUCCUACACGCUGAUACUCAUUGCCAUCAUCAGGAUGAACUCUGCAGAGGGCAGGCACAAGGCCUUCUCCACAUGUGGAUCUCACUUGACAGUGGUAGUCGUUUUCUAUGGGACUCUAUUCUUUACAUAUGUGCAUCCCAAAUCCAGCCAUUCCUUUGAUACUGAUAAAAUGGCCUCUGUCUUUUAUACUCUGGUAAUACCUAUGUUAAAUCCCAUCAUCUAUAGUUUGAGGAACAAAGAGGUGAAAAAUGCUGUACACAGAACCUGGAGACUGUGUUUAAAUAUUCUACUUAAAAUGAACUGUAAGAUAAGAUAAGAAUAAUUAUUUAAUAGGCAAUAUAUCCUAUAUCCAAUUUUCCUUUAGCCGUGUACUGUUUGUCUCCAUGGAAAGAAUAGAAUAAAUUAGUGAUAAGUGUAGAUACAUAGAAAUUUCUUCCUUAUGUUUUAGCCAGAGUUAAUCACCCAGAGAUGGCUAACUCCUACUUAUACUUCAAGUAUCAACUUAUACUUGGU